AUGGAGGCGCUGCUGGAGCUAGAGAAGGUGCAGAGAGUGCUCUCCCUCAUGGGCUCCCGCGGCCUCUCCGACUCCGACGGCAGCGGCGGCGGGGACCGCUUCCUCGCCCACUUCCUCCUCUUCCUGGCGCAGCCGUUUGAUUCACUUGCCAUUGAGAAGAAGGUCGUAUUAAUCUCUGAGCUUUUGAGAGAGGUUAAUUCUGAUACUCUCAAAGAAGUGCAACGUCUAGCCAGUCUGGAAGGUACUAAUAAUAGGGAAGAUGAAUGCAGGUCAUACUUCAUAUUUCAUGGUUUGGAUGUUAACAUACCACACUCUGUUUUCAAGUUUCUUCCUUUCCUUUCUUUUACAGAGAGCUACAUAUACCAGUUAGAUGCUUCAAAUGAAGACAGUUUGCUAUUAGUUCCAGAGAACAACUCUUCUUCAACAGUAUUGGAAAGGAAAAUACAAGGUUCUAGUCAGAUGUCCUUGUCUGACAUGCUUGACCCCCUUGAUAAUCUUCUUCAAUGCCAGGGAUUGCGAAAUGAACUCAAAUCUGGCAUCCAGUAUUGGUCUCUAGAGAGGAAGCUUUGUCAAGCAUUAUCAAGAAAGGAUAAGAUAUCUAUCGAAGAUGUUAUGGAAGCAAUCCAUCUCAAAUCUUUUGACUAUCGAGUUCUUAAUCUGAUGAUGUAUCGGCUUACUGGUCAGCAGGUCAAUGACUUGCACAUGGAGUUCUUGUCUGUCUCAGAAUUUUUAGUUGAGAUAUGUGAUGACCUGUAUGAUUAUGAGGAUGAUGUGGUUAACAAUACUUUUAACAUCCUCCGCAUGUUUGCUGCGAUAUAUGGACCUUUAGAUGCACCAAAGAUGUUGGCCAAGUGCAUCGGUGAAGCUGAGGAAAAAUAUGAGAGCUUCUCAAAGAAAUUGGACCCUAGCAUCUCAAGAAGUUACUGGAGAAGAUGUGAGGAGGCUACAAAGGAAGGUGGAAAAAUAUCAGGCCAUGCGUAUGGCACAUGGAAUAUCCCUCCUUUGAUAGGAGAUGAAGAAUCAUUUCGCCUUGAUAGAUUGAACAGAGUUAGUGUUAUGGAAAUAUGCAAUGGAGGUAACUACCGUUUAGCUGGUCCACAAAAUUAUUUGCUCUUUGUUCCAAAAAUCGCAGGCCCAAAGCCAAUUAAGCGGGCCCUACAUAUUGCUUGGACUGGCUUGACUGAACUCCUCUCCAUCCAGAUUGGUGCAGAUGGCAUCUCCCGUGCAUUAUGGAACCUCCCACUCGUGGUCUCGCAGCUUAAAUUUCAGACCCGCGUGGCCUGCGUGGUCAUCGCUGGUGCUUCAAUGCUCUCCGUGCAGGCAGCUCACAUGGGGCGAGUGGACCAAAAUGUGAUCGUUUGUUGA